CUGAGCUUUCUACCCCCCCCCUGGCCUGGCAGCAUCCUUCAGGCUGCGUCCCUCGCCCCCUAGCACAUUGCUAGGAACGGCUGACUGUGCUCUGGCAACUUCACUUAAGCUCCGUCGUCCUCAAGUCCCCUGCCUCAGACGGGGCUUAUGACACAUGGACCCCAUCAACACCCAUCAGGUCAAGGCCGGUUCUCACAUGGUGACAAACGCAAACUGCUUGCUGGCAUAUGAGCGAUAGUUUGCGACCUCACUUCCUGUCAGCAAUAAAACCAAAUAGGGCGCACCAACGCCCUUGCUUCACGAUCUUUCUCGAGGUUCCAAACCCCACUUGCGCAAGUGUGCUCGCUUUCACUGCUGCUUCCUUGAUAGCACUUCAACAUGUUUCCCGGGAUGUUCCCCGGAAUGGGGUACCCAGGGCAGUCGUUUGAGGCGGUGUACAGGGCCAUGCCAGUUGCCUUCAUCGACAAGCAGUCGGCGGAGCAUGGCGAUAAGAUUAUUAUGCCUCCAUCUGCUCUGGAGCGGCUCGCUUCCCUGCACAUCGAGUACCCGAUGCUGUUCCGGCUGGAAGGAGUGCACUCUAAGCGUGAGACGCACUGCGGCGUGCUGGAGUUCAUCGCAGAGGAGGGCGUGGUGUACAUGCCGCACUGGAUGAUGCAGAACCUCCUCUUGCAGGUGGGCGACACCAUCCGUGUGCGCAGCGUGUCGCUGCCCAAGGGCACCUACGUGAAGCUGCAGCCGGUCACCUCGGACUUCCUGGACAUCACAAACCCCAAGGCGGUUCUGGAGCGCACCCUGCGCGGCUACUCCUGCCUCACCGUGGGAGACUGCUUCGUGGUACACUACAACAACAAGAACUAUGAGAUUGAGGUGCGGGACGCCAAGCCCGGGCGCGCCAUCUCCGUCAUUGAGACGGACUGCCAGGUGGAUUUUGAGGCGCCAAAGGACUACAAGGAGCCGGAGCGGGUACCGCCGGCCCAGCCCAAGCCCGAGCCGGCGGCGGCAGCGGCAGGCACGUCGGCAGCUGCGGGCGCCGCGGCGGGCGGCAAAGGCCCCUCGCCCUCCCCCGAGCCCGAGCCUGAGGAGCCAAAGUUCCUAGCCUUUGCCGGCACCGCCCGGCGGUUAGACGGCAAGGCAGCCGGCCCCUCCAACCCCGUGCCAGUGGUCCUGGGGCGGCCGGGCUCCGCACUUGGCGGCGGGGCAGUGGCGGCCGGCGGCGCGGCGGGCAGCGGCGCGGGGCCAAGCACGUCCGGCGCAGCGGCGGGCGGCGCGGCGGCGGGCGGCGCGGCGGGUGGUAGUGCUGCGGGGCAGAAGGCUGGCACGUUCAUCAACUUUGGGCCCACCGGGAAUCGGCUGGAGGCUCGACUUGCGGCCAAGACGGGGGCAGGCGGCGCGCCCAAGCCUCCGCCACCACCACCUGAGGAGAAGAAGGAAGAGGGGCCCUCCUUCAAAGCCUUCCAGGGCAAGGGGUUCAGCCUGAAGUGAUUCGUUUACAUGAUACGUAGAUCGUUUGACUCGCAGCCCCCGGGGGACGGGGGCAGCGUGUACAAAGCAACAGAUCCGCCGGGGCGGCCACGCGUGCAAUGCGCUCCAUGCAUUACGGUACCGCAACUCAACAAUGUAGCAUGGACGGGGAUGCAUGUUAGCUCGCUCCUCUGCAUGUUCGUGUGUCCAGCGGCGGGGCAGCUGAUGCCGGACGUUCUUGGUGUUGCUGUGCGCGGAUGCAUGCGGGGCGGUGGGAGGCCAGGGGCGUUGUAGAAGGUGGGGUGGAGUUGCAGGGUCAUACAUAAAAUGGCUUUCAGGUUCCGUUGCAAAGGCGGGUACUGCGGCAGCGGGGUUGUGGGGGCUGCAUCAGUGGGGUCGACGUAGGUGAGUGGAUGGGUGGGAGGCGAUCGACCAAACUGACUAGUACCCACAGCCCUUGUUGUAAAACUACGGUACA